AUGUCGACGGAUAAGAUCACGUUCUUGACGAACUGGCACGCUACCCCGUACCACGCACCGCUGUACCUCGCUCAAGCGAAAGGAUAUUUCAAGGAAGAAGGCAUCAAGGUCGCUCUCUUGGAGCCCAAUGACCCUAGCGAUGUUACUGAGAUCAUCGGAUCUGGUAAAGUGGAUCUCGGAUUCAAAGCAAUGAUUCAUACUCUUGCUGCCAAAGCCCGUGGUUUCCCUGUCCUCUCCAUUGGUAGCCUCCUUGACGAGCCAUUCACUGGUGUGAUUUAUCUCAAGGAGUCGGGCAUCACCACUGACUUUCGCUCCCUCAAGGGCAAGCGGAUUGGCUACGUGGGCGAGUUCGGCAAAAUCCAAAUUGACGAACUGACCUCUCACUAUGGUCUCACUCCAGAAGACUAUACUGCCGUUCGCUGCGGAAUGAACGUUUCCAAGGCUAUCAUCACUGGCGAAAUUGAUGCUGGUAUUGGCUUGGAGAAUGUUCAGAUGGUGGAGCUUGAGGAGUGGCUCGACAAGCAGGGCCGCCCAAAGACAGACGUCCAAAUGCUCCGCAUUGAUGAACUCGCUGAAUUGGGCUGCUGCUGUUUCUGCACCAUCCUUUACAUUGGCAAUGAGUCCUUCAUUGAGAAGAACCCGGAGAAAGUCCGCGCUUUUCUUCGUGCUGUUAAAAAGGCUACUGACUUUGUGCUUGCUGAGCCGAGCAAGGCCUGGGCAGAGUACAUUGACUUCAAGCCCGUGAUGGGAACUGAGCUGAACCGAAAGAUGUUUGAGCGCAGCUUCGCAUACUUUUCCAAGGAUUUGAAGAACGUGCAACGUGACUGGAACAAGGUCACCAAGUAUGGACAGAGGCUCGGCGUCCUUGAUGCCCAGUUCAAGUCCAACUAUACCAAUGAGUUCCUUAGCUGGGAGCUUGAGGCUGACUCUCAAGAUCCUACCGGCGACCAGAAGCGCAUGGUUGAACUGCAGUGCGACGUUGCUUGCCGAGGCGGCUUCCGUCGACUUCCACCUAGCAUCAAAGCCUAA